AUGACAAUCCGACACCAAGGCCAGCAGUACAGGCCGAGGAUGGCCUUUCUCCAAAAGAUUGAAGGACUAGUGAAGGACAUGCAGAGCCCAGAGACGGGGGUCCGAAUGCAGAACCAGAGGGUCCUGGUCACCAACGUCCCUCAUGCCAUGACAGGAAGUGAUGUUCUACAGUGGAUCAUCGAUCGGCUGUGGAUCUCCAAUAUGGAGGCCCAGAACUUGGGCAACUUUAUUGUCAAGUAUGGCUACAUUUAUCCCCUGCAAGACCCCAAGAAUCUUGUUCUCAAGCCUGAUGGCAGCCUCUACCGAUUUCAGACGCCAUAUUUCUGGCCCACCCAGCAGUGGCCAGCUGAAGAUACAGACUACGCCAUCUAUCUAGCCAAGCGAAAUAUCAAGAAGAAAGGGAUUUUAGAAGAAUAUGAGAAGGAAAAUUACAAUUUCUUGAACAAGAAGAUUAACUACAAGUGGGACUUUGUCAUUAUGCAGGCCAAAGAGCAGUACAGGGCUGGAAAAGAAAGGAACAAAGCAGACAGGUAUGCCCUGGAUUGCCAGGAGAAGGCAUAUUGGCUGGUCCACCGAUGCCCUCCAGGAGUGAACAAUGUGCUGGACUACGGCCUGAACCGAGUGACCAAUCCAGAUGAAGUUAAGAAACAAACGAUCACAGCUGUGAAAAAAGAGAUCAUGUAUUACCAACAGGCCUUGAUGAGGUCCACGGUGAAGUCUUCGGUGUCUCUUGGAGGGAUUGUCAAGUACAGUGAGCAGUUCUCUUCCAACGAUGCCAUCAUGUCAGGCUGCCUCCCCAGCAAUCCCUGGAUAACAGAUGACACCCAGUUCUGGGAUUUAAAUGCCAAACUGGUGGAGAUCCCAACCAAGAUGCGAGUGGAACGAUGGGCCUUCAACUUCAGCGAAUUGAUCCGAGACCCCAAGGGCCGACAGAGUUUCCAGUACUUUCUCAAGAAAGAAUUCAGCGGGGAGAAUCUGGGAUUCUGGGAAGCCUGUGAGGACCUGAAGUACGGAGAUCAGUCCAAGGUCAAGGAGAAGGCGGAAGAGAUUUACAAGCUAUUCCUGGCCCCAGGGGCAAGGCGAUGGAUAAACAUAGACGGCAAGACCAUGGACAUCACGGUCAAGGGGCUGAGGCAUCCCCACCGCUACGUGCUGGAUGCUGCCCAAACCCACAUCUACAUGCUCAUGAAGAAGGAUUCUUAUGCUCGCUACUUAAAAUCUCCAAUCUAUAAGGAAAUGCUGGCCAAGGCUAUUGAGCCUCAGGAAACCACCAAGAAAAGCUCGAGCCUCCCAUUUAUGCGGCGCCACCUCCGCUCCAGCCCAAGCCCCGUCAUCCUGAGGCAGCUGGAAGAAGAAGCCAGGGCGCGAGAAGCAGCCAACACCGUGGACAUCACCCAGCGGCUCCAGCACAGCACUCCCAGCCCCCACUUGGCUGUGUACGCGGGGACCUGCGUGCCCCCCUCGCCUUCCAGCCCCUUCUCCUCAUCCUGCCGCUCCCCGAGGAGGCCCUUCCCCUCACCUGGCCGCUUCCGAAGGCCCAGCAGCACCAUCUGCCCCUCGCCCAUUAGGGUGGCCUUGGGCAGCUCCCCGGGCCUGGAGCAGGAGGGUGAGGCCAGCGGGUCCAGCGCCCGCCAUGGGCCCUCCGUCGCCAAGGGCAGCGAGGCCUCCAUGGACUCGGAGCUGAGCUCAGGGUGCCCCCGGCCCCACGCCCAGCCCAGGGCGCCACCCAAGGCCGGCGUGGCUCUGUCCUUCAGCAGAUUUCUGAGGCGCGGCUGUUUGACCUCACCCGUCUUUGCCAGGCUCUCGCCCAAGUGCCCUCCUGUGCCCCAUGGCAAGGUGCAGCCCCUGGGGGAUGGGGGCCAGCAGCUGCCCCGGCUGAGACCCAAGAAGGUGGCCAACUUUUUCCAGAUCAAAAUGGACGUGCCUAUGGGGAGCGGGACCUGCCUGAUGGACUCGGAGAAGGAUGGCGCGGCGGGCGAGUCGAAUGACCGGGCCAUGGAAAAGGAAGUCAUCUGUCCCUGGGAGAGCCUGGCCGAGGGGAAAGCAGGCUGA